ACCCCGUCAGUACACUGCAGAACCGCGCAUGUGUUUUCCUCUCUCGACUAUAAGCCUGCAGGUCAGGUUAGUCUCGUAUCUGGUGGGCUUUUUACAAACUAAACCUUCGCGUAAUCGCGAAAUGGCUACAGAAAAUAAUCGUUUGCAUAUUUACUCCUAAAAAAAGAGCAUGCAUAGACCCUGAACAAUAAUGUAUUAAAUAACUGGUUAAUAAGAAAAUAAAACUAACCGCAACGUUCCAUUCCUCGCUUUCGAAAAUUGAAAUAUCGUUCCUAUCGAAACGUCAAAACGAAAUCUGCGAUAAAAAAUCAACAAACAAAUUCUCUUUCUCUUUCUAUACAACGAGAAAGAUCACACGCACGCGAGUAAGUCGUCGCUCCCUACGAAGAGUAGCACUGUUCAAAUUUCCCGUCAUAAGUAGCACAACGCAUUUGACGCACGCUAAACUAGCACAACUCAAACUUUAAACAACGAAUUUCUAUAAAAAUUUCCCGAUUUUUGCGAAAAUGUCCCUAACGAACAUUUUUAAAUGUUCACAAUUUACAACUUUUUACCGAAUUUAAAAUUGUUUUCACAAAUACAAUAAUUUUUUACAAGCAUUUUUAUAAAUUCACUUUUUUUUAAAAAAUUCGCGAGUUGUGCUAGUCUUCGCGGGAAAUACGUGAGUUAUGCUACUCUUGGCGGCAUUUCUAAACUGUGCUACUCUUCGCGGCACAUAUAUAUCAUAUAUAAUAGCGAACGAGCGAAGCUCAUGAUCUUCUCCGCACGACAGCUGCUCUUAUGUGCGCAUCAGAGAUACGACGUGCGAUAAAAAUAAAACUCGUCGGAGGCGCAGCUGAUAAGCCCAAGUGUAUACUUACGGCCGCACACUUUGCUCUUUCUCUCUUCGCUCGGAGUGCGUCAGUCUCUCGGCGGCAUUUAUCAUGGGGGUCCGCUCCUCUUGACAUCCAUUGCACUCGUGCUUCGCGGGAGCGUGACUUUCGAUCGGGCUUUUUCGAGGUGGUACACACGAUUAUAGACGUGCGUUUACGGACUAUUGGUCGACGAGCAGAGCUGGAACAGCUGUGCGGUAUACGUGAUCGAGUGCUGGAGAGGACAAAUCGACUUUUUGCGAGAUUCUCCGACAAAAAUGGAAAGCUACACCUCGGAUUCGAGUGACUCGGACUCCAGCGCCAAGACCCUGGACUUGUCCUAUCUGAUGCUGGACUCUCAGGUCCUUCACGAGCACUUCAUGUGUACCCCAGCACCGGAGAACGUGGAAACCCUUUUGCUCCACCAGAAUCGCGUGAGUCAUCUGCCUGACAGUGUCAUCCGUUUCACGAACCUGGCAACCCUCGAUCUGUCCAACUGUGGCCUACAAAGGCUGCCGGAUUUUCUGUCCCAACUCGGACAGCUGGUCAGUCUCUCGGCGAAGAACAACGGACUGACUAACGAUGCCCUGCCCAAGAGUCUUGAAGGUCUGCCGGAUUUGAGAGAGAUCAAUCUCAGCGGGAAUAGGCUGACGGAGUUUCCUGAGCAGGUGCUGGAUCUGCCUGGACUCAGGUACCUCUAUCUCGGCGGUAAUCAAAUCAGCGAAAUUACGAAGGAUGUUUGGAAGAUUCAGCGCUUACAGGUCCUGUCAAUGGGAGGCAACAGGUUGGCGGAGGUUCCGUCGACGCUAGGACAACUUACCGCUCUACAAGCCUUAAUACUCUGUGAUAACAUGCUCGAGAGUCUUCCGAGUUCCAUAGCUAACUUGAAGAACCUGAAAUCCUUACUUUUACACAAAAACAGACUUCGAACACUGCCUACCGAAAUCAUAACUCUCAAGUGUCUGACUGAGCUGUCGUUGAGGGACAAUCCUCUUGUUGUGAGAUUCGUUUCGGACAUGGCGCACAAUACACCGAGUCUUUUGGAAUUAGCCGCCCGAGUCGUCAAAACCAACGAGAUCCCGUACAGAGAAGAAGACUUACCUAGAAACUUAAUUGAUUACCUCAACAGCGGUCAUCGAUGCGUCAACAAUCGAUGCAAAGGCGUUUUCUUCGACAACAGAGUGGAGCACGUGAAAUUCGUCGACUUCUGUGGCAAGUACAGACUGCCUCUGCUCCAGUACCUCUGCAGCAGCAAAUGCAUCGGUACUCGCGAGGGUGAGGAGGAGGCCGUCAGCGGAGCCAUGAUCCGCAAAGUCCUACUUGGUUGAACAAGCCAAGAUACAGUCGCCAAGACUCAGUGAUACUAUUUAUGUAACAUUUGUCCGAAAUUAUUUCUUUUUUUUUCCAAGUGCAAAUGAGAUAACAUUGCACCGAUGUGUCGUUGUGGAUCGAAAGUCCAACAGUAUGUGACUCGAUGCUGGAAGAUACGUGUACCGAAUAAUUAUUGUAAAAUUUACAUGCGACUCUUUGCGCUACAGACGAGUUUGCGUCGGAUGAUCUCAAGGGUUGUUUUUUAAUGAUUAUUUAAGCACGAAUAAUAAAAUGCUGCGUCGAAAAAUCGA